AUGGAAACAAGAAGUAAGUCCCAGCUUCUUGUGUUCCUGACGCUGUUCAGCGUGCUCUUCUCCCAGACCUUGGCAUGGCCUCUUUUUGGAGCACCUUCGGCUCUCAGGAUGGGGGACAGAAUACCAUUUGAAGGAGCAAAUGAACCUGAUCAAGUUUCAUUAAAAGCAGAUACUGACAUUUUACAAGAUGCACUAGCUGAAAAUGACACACCUUAUUAUGAAGUAUCCAGAAAUGUCAGACAUGCUGAUGGAGUUUUUACCAGUGACUAUAGUAGACUCUUGGGUCAGCUUUCUGCCAAAAAGUACCUUGAGUCCCUUAUUGGAAAACGAGUUAGCAAUAGCAUCUCAGAAGACCAGGGACCAAUCAAACGCCACUCAGAUGCUGUCUUCACUGACAACUACACACGCCUUCGAAAACAAAUGGCUGUGAAGAAAUACUUGAAUUCAAUUCUAAAUGGAAAGCGAAGCAGCGAAGGAGAGUCUCCUGACUUUCUUGAAGAGUUAGAAAAAUGA